GAGCAGGGCCAGGAGCAGGGGUUUGUAGAAUUGAUUGUUCAUAGUUGUUGUCGAACGAACCAUUUCUGUGAAGCUGCCGCCGUAUUUGAAGGGGGAAAUUGGGUCAUGCUUGUAGUUUAAAAAUGGCUCUUCUGCCUGCUAUUUACACCAUCUUUACCCAUAUCUUCCGACCCAAGUUCUCAUUUUUCCGCAUAUCUAAUACCUUUUCCUCGCGUCUUCAAACCCCUCGACUCAAAAUCUUUGCAAAACCCCUAGCGACUCUUACGCCCAACCCAAACCCCAAUCCAAAUUCUGCCACUUUGCUUCUUAAUGGCAAGGACCAGCGUUUUCAUGGAUCAAGUGAGGUUCCCCACAGUGAAAAGAUUCCUUUUCAGUCAAGCUCUACAAUUGCUGCCAUUGUCACUUCCAUUGGUGGCCCUCCAGGCGCUGUGGGCAUCAUACGGCUAUCUGGGCCAUCUGCAGUGAACGUUGCUGCUCGUGUGUUCAAACCCAUUAAGAGGAAGAAAAAGAGGACGCAGAGGAACGAAAGACUGGCCGCUUGGCAGCCUACCAGCCAUGUGGUGGAUUACGGUAUCGUACUGGAUCUUCAGGGCAACGUGAUUGAUGAGGUUCUUGCUGUGCCAAUGUUGGCUCCGAGAUCCUAUACCUGUGAAGAUGUGGUUGAGCUUCAGUGUCAUGGGAGUGAGGUUUGUCUUAACCGUGUGCUGAGAGUCUGUCUGGAAGCUGGAGCUAGGCUUGCUGAACCAGGUGAAUUUACUCUCCGGGCAUUUCUUAAUGGUCGGUUGGACCUUUCCCAAGCUGAAAAUGUUGGCAGGUUAAUUUCUGCCAAGUCUGCAGCAGCUGCAGAUGCAGCACUAGCUGGACUUGAGGCAUGUACCAUUCCAGGAGGCUUUGGUUUGCUGGUAAAAUCAACAAGAAUGCAAUGCAUUGAAUUGCUAACUGAGAUUGAAGCUCGCCUAGACUUUGAUGAUGAGAUGCCACCUUUAGACGCGAACCUGAUCACGAACAAGAUACAAGCUAUGUCUAUGGAAGUUGAUAAGGCAUUGGAGACGGCCAAUUAUGAUAGGCUUCUGCAGUCUGGAUUACAGAUAGCAAUCAUAGGUCGUCCAAAUGUUGGGAAGUCAAGCCUCCUUAACGCAUGGAGUAAAAGUGAGAGAGCUAUAGUUACAGACAUUGCUGGAACAACCCGAGAUGUAGUUGAAGCCAGCAUUACAGUUGGCAAUAUUCCUGUUACACUCCUAGAUACAGCUGGCAUUAGGGAAACCGAUGACGUUGUCGAGAGGAUUGGAGUAAAGAGAUCUGAAGCUGCAGCCAUGGGGGCCGAUAUUAUUAUUUUGGUGAUGAGUGCCUCUGAUGGGUGGACGUCAGAAGAUGCAACCCUUCUGCGGAAGAUAGAAUCAAAAAAGGAGCAAAAUGGAUCAUCAACUCCACUUAUCUUGGUUAUUAAUAAGAUAGAUUGUGCUCGAUCGCUGGUAGCUGAAUUUGAUGAUGAUAGAGAAGGCAAUAAUAGUGUGUCUAGGCGUGUUUUCACCUGUGCGGUUACUGGUCAAGGAAUUCAAGAGCUGGAGACAGCAAUUGCGGAAAUCAUGAAUCUAAAUACGAUUCCAGACGGUGGGCGCAAAUGGACAGUGAAUCAGAGACAAUGUGAGCAGCUGCUAAGAACCAAGGAGGCCCUUUCCAGGUUGAAAUCUUCGAUAGAAGAGGAUUUGCCUCUGGAUUUUUGGACGAUUGAUUUGAAGGACGCUGCUUUGGCACUGGGACAAAUCACUGGCGAAGACAUAUCGGAAGAAGUUUUAUCCAACAUUUUCGGCAAGUUCUGUAUUGGCAAGUAGAAGAAGACGAAUGCAUCAAGAAACUCAAAAGGGUUGGCGGUAUAUCUUCUGUAUUUGCAAAUUCUGUAGACUUAGCGAUGAACUCUUGACAUAGAUGGCUAGGAGUUGUAGUUUAAAAUAUAGCAUUUUUGUUUUCUCUAUUCGUUAAAUGAUAAAUUUUACUUUCCCCCCCUCUUUUUUACUAUAGUCAUGGAGUCUCUUCUUUACUAAACCUCAAUUUCGCAGAUGAGAGUUCUGGAGCAGCAAUUUGAUGAAGUCAAAUGAUACUUCAAGAGUUUUAUAGCUGUCGGGUUUGAAAUGUAACCCAAGUAACUGUGAGAUUAAUUUUGGGGGAAGAAAGAAACCAUUAAGUUUAAGAAAGUAGCAUUACAGGUUUCAGGGUUUGUCAAAGGGAAUCUGCCUGUGAGGUAUUUGGGUCUGCCACUUAUGGCAAGGAAGUUCUCAGAUAGGGAAUGUGAGGUGAUGACUGAGAAGCUUACCAAUAGGGUUAAAUCUUGGAGAGCAAGGCAAGCUAUCUUAUGUUGGCAGAAUUCAGCUUGUUUCUUCAGUAUUAAUUGGAAUUGUGAACCUUGUCGACACGAUUUAGGC